UACUAAUUAGCGUAUUUCAACAUCCAAUACCAAACCUUGCAACUCUUUUAUCGUGAACAGCAUUCAUUGCUUAGCUACCUGAUAUCACCUAAGGUUACUUACUAUACCUACCUACAUAUAAUUCUAAAGAUCCAUCCUCAGUUUAAAUUCCCAUAAUGCCGCCAGGUCCCAGCAGAGACGACAACGAAAAGCAGCAGGCUGCACAGCAAGCCGUCGAUAUCCUGCACGAGAUAUCCACCAUUCUCAACUGCCAUCUCGACCGCCGCACGCUGUCCAUCUGCAUAUCCAUGAUCGAGAAUGGCGUGAACCCGGAAGCCCUCGCGAACGUCGUGCAAUUUCUGCGCAAAGAAGCUCAAAAGGCCGACUUCGCACAGGAGACUGGUCGAUGAGAGUACCUACCUACAGACCUAGCAGCAGUAACUGAAGUAAUACUACAUUCAAUGUUACCUAGUAUGUAGUAGGCUGUAGCAAACCGAACCUAGUUGUACUGUUGUAGCCUAGAUGUGUAUGUAGGUACUAGGUUACCCAAGGAUCAUGCAUUUCGGGGUUCGUUAUCUACAGACUACGUGGUAUACAAGCACCACAAGCACCGAGAGAAAAGAGCGAGAUAGUUAUACGGAUACGGGUAUCCUACAUACCUUAGUGUUAAUGACGAUAAAUAAUGAUAAUAAUGAUGUCACGCUAU